GGCUUUGCUGACUGUAUCUCAAUAGUCUUUAUUUCUAUGCAGGUUUAUAUGCAGUACAAUUACUGUUUUCUAAAAUAAUGUUACCCAAGGCUCAGAGUUUGUAUUUAAAUUGCUUUGACAGAGUAAAAAUUUGUUCAUUUUGCAGGAAGUGAGUAUCUGACUGUUAACCUCUUUCCCAUAAGCCCUAUUUGUGAAUUUAAACGAGUAGGUUUUAUAGAAAUAUCCCCUUGCACAUACACACACGCACAUAUGCAUAUACAUUCAUAUAAUGGAAAGUGAUUGUUAAUGAGGAUAACAUAACAGUGUAAUUUUAGACCCUACUUUAAAAAAAAUUAGACUAGUGUUAUGUGACACCAUAAAAGAAAUAAUUUAAUCUAUUCAAGUGUAGCAUUUCUUUUUUCUAAAAAAUAAAAAUAAAUAAAAAAGAGCAAGUCUGUGGUUAAAUUACACAGGUUAAAAUAAGUUUUCCAGUAGAAAAUAUCCAGUCUGUACUCUUUAGCCAGUCCAUUUAAAAAUGAAACUCACCUAUUAUAUACAUAUGAUCCCAAUCAAAACUCCAUCUUUGAGCUCCAAUUAAAAACAUAAUGUUGCAGACUAAAUCAGGGGUUUGUUAUAGAAGAACAAAAUGUUUUUAGCAUUUCCUUUUACUGUAAAGGACACUAAUGCAUCACAUACUUUCUGGAUUAACUGUCAUGCGCACAAGAAAUACAUAGUAAAUAAGGAACCUAAAAACUCCUGGCAUUUGAUCAUGAAAAGAAGCUAGAUGAUUAGAAUGUGAAAGAAAGAUUUACAAAUGUAAAAUGUUUAUUUCUCUGUAGAAACUUUCUUCACUUUGCUGUGCAAGAGGACACUGCUUUGCUAUAUUUAAAAUGGCUUUUUUAAAAGAGAUUUAUGUAUUUGGUAAAUGUUUGUAGUCAACAGUUCACACAAGAAGCUGUUCACGGUUUGAUAAUGUAAAACCGUUUGGCGGCACAAGCUGGACUUUGUUGCCAUCCUUGAGAUGAACCUUUUAAGAAAAAAUAAGUUAAUCUCAAUUUUUCCCUGAAUGUGUUGUUUUUUCUUCAUUAUACAAUAAAUAUUCUAGUGAACUUUUUAUCAAAUGGUUAAGAAAAUGCUAGAGGUUGUUGUAAAAUAUUUGUAUCCUGCAUUCACUAAAGUAAAGAUAUACUGGCUUUUACUGUGUA